CAUUGAUGCUGAGGUAAAGGCUCAGUGGCUGAUCAAGGUCCGUAGGGACAAUUUCAGCCCCACAAAAAAUACCCGUGUGUGCAGUAGGCAUUUUCGACCAGGAGACUUAUUGGUCACAGCGGGAGGACUGCACAGAGUACAGAAAGGAGCUACACCUGUUCUCUUUGCAUGGAAUAACUACGAGCUACCUACACCAAGACGUAAUGUUUGGGAGCGUCGGCCGAGGGCAGAGAGCCCCACCCCGGACUUGACAGCUGAGUACGAGGUGGAAACAGUUGCGCUGCCUGAUCAUGAGUACUGUUUAAAUCCCGCGACGGCAGUGAUGGCAAAUCAGGUGGCCGACGAGAACGAAGCCUUGAAAAUGCAGGUUAGGGAGCUCCAACACCAGCUGGAAGUGUUACAACUGCGAUCUCGUUUCGGGAUACAACGCCUGGCAGGGUCGGACGAGGACAUUCGUUUCUACACCAGAUUUGCCACAUACAAGCAUUUCCUUGCCUUUUGGAAAUUGGUGGAGCCAGCAGCCAACACCAAGAUGGUGCGGAUCACCAACGCCAAGGCAUCCUCUGCCAGCAGCUCGGAUUCCUCUCAACCAACAACAACGAAACUUCCACCCAUAGAUGAGCUGCUGCUGUUCCUCAUGCACCUGUCAGUGGGCCUACAUCUGAGGGAUCUAGCAGAACGGUUUGGCAUUCACCGCACCACAGUCAGCAGAAUUAUUUCCACCUGGACACACUUCCUGUACCAACUGCUUGGAAGCCAACGUCUGUGGAUCCCACGCGAAGUUGUCAGAGCUCACCUUCCACCAGAGUUUUCAGCUUUCCCUGACACACAAGUGGUGCUUGACUGCACUGAAGUAUUCUGCCAGACUCCAUCAUCUCUCCUGCUGCAGAGUGAGGUGUUUUCAACAUACAAGUCUCAUGCUACAUUCAAGGCCAUGAUCGGCAUGGCACCACAUGGUGCCAUUACAUUUGUGUCUGGCCUGUAUGCAGGAUCUAUGAGUGACCGGGAGAUUUUCAAGCUGUCUGGCAUCGUGAGCCUGCUCACACCAGACAUGGCAAUAAUGGUCGACAAAGGGUUCCUUGUGGACAAUCUGGUUGAGUGCAAAGUUUACCGGCCUGCCUUUCUGUAAAAAAAAAACCCAAAUGAGCAGGGAGGAUGUCAGGCA